AUGGAGGAUCCUCUGAACGAAGGGCCCUUGGUCGACGAGCUGCUGGAGCUUCAAGAAGCGCGGCGCGCCGCGGACGCUUGUGAGGAGAAGUUUUGGGCCCAGUUUCAAAAUCUGGGCUCUGAGCACUGCGAAGCGAUCGUGCGGGAGCUGAAGGGACUGCGAGACGCCGAGGGCGCCGCGAUCUUCGCCCGUCGGUACAUGGGCUGGGAGAUCUGCAACAAUCCAGAGUGGCUCCUGGAAGAGGUGGAGUUUCUCCGGUCCAUCGGGUCCAUUUCCCAGGCCGCCCGGACGGCGACUGGCAAGUACCCACCGAAGUCGGUCCUUGACCCCUUGCCGACCUAA